CUGUACAUUUCUAUCCCUCAGAACAAGUCUCAUCCCUGUUAAACAGUAAGCCUGAUAUGGGAAAUUCGUUUGAGAGCUUGAGCUUCUGCCCCAUUAUUGGUCAUUUCAGCUUCUUAUAGCAAGUUUGAAAAAAGGGUCACAAGGAAACAAAAAAAGCACUGGAGAGUGGAGAUAGACAUGCACAUGAAGGAGGUGGUCUUGCCUAACCACAACCUUUGAAGAGUGACUGAAACUAAGGUUCUCUUUACUUUGGUUUCAUCAUUCGUUGCCUGAUGGAGACACGAUCAUGAUCAUUAUAUCUCUGUUGAGGUGGAACUUGAUCAGGAAGAAACUGCACCCACUAGUACUACUAACAUGUCCUCUAAAAAGAAGGAGCUUCAGUCCACUGCCAUGAAGAGAACCAGUGAAUGGAUUUUUUCCCAGGAAAUCCCCAGUGAUGUCACGGUUCAUGCUGGAGGAGCUUCUUUUUCAUUGCACAAGUUUCCGUUAGUCUCGAAGAGCGGAUACAUUAGGAAAAUGGUGUCAGAAUCUAGUGAUGCUGAUCUUUCUGAGAUAAAAAUCCCUAAUGUCCCUGGCGGGGCAGAAGCAUUUGAGCUAGCGGCAAAGUUCUGUUAUGGAAUUAAUUUUGAAAUUAGUACAGAAAACAUUGCCAUGCUUCGAUGUGUGGCAGAGUAUCUAGAGAUGACUGAGGACUAUGCAGUUGGAAAUUUAGUGUCAAGGACUGAUGCGUAUUUGAAUGAAGUGGCACUAAAGAGCCUAGCAGGAGCAGUUUCAGUUUUACAUCUCUCAGAAAACCUCCUCCCAAUGGCAGAGAAAGUGAAAUUGGUAAGCCGAUGCUUAGAUGCAAUAGCACUUGCAGCCUGCAAAGAAAGCCAAUUUUCAAUGUCUGGAAGGUCCGAUAGUGGCAAUGAGGUUGUGAUUUCUUCCAUUGUGUCUCAACCAAAGCCCAUUGUUGAUUGGUGGGCUGAAGAUUUAACUGUUCUUAGAAUUGAUAUUUUUCAAAGGGUUUUGAUUGCAAUGAUGGCAAGAGGGUUUAAACAGUACGCUCUUGGUCCUGUACUAAUGCUCUAUGCGCAGAAAUCUCUACGAGGUUUGGAAGCAUUUGGGAAGGGAAGGAAGAAAAUUGAGGCACAGCAAGAGCAUGAGAAGAGGGUUGUUCUAGAAACAAUAGUGAGUCUUCUACCAAGGGAAAAGAAUGUACUGUCAGUUAGUUUCCUCUCUAUGUUGCUUCGUGCUGCAAUUUAUCUUGAGACAACAGUCGCUUGCCGGCUUGAUUUGGAGAAGAGGAUGGGCUUGCAAUUAGGACAGGCUGCCUUGGAUGAUCUCUUGAUUCCUUCAUAUUCUUUUACAGGGGACACAAUGUUUGAUGUAGAUACUGUUCAGCGGAUCAUGAUGAAUUACCUUGAGAAUGAAGUUGAAGGAAACCGAAUCGGUUACCAUGCUGAUGAUGAAUGUGGUGUUACUCUGCUAAGUGAUAUGGAACGAGUUGCGAAGCUGAUGGAGAACUACCUAGCUGAAAUAGCGUCCGACCGUAACUUGACAGUUUCAAAAUUUAUUGGUCUAGCUGAAAUUAUUCCAGAACAAUCAAGGGUAACAGAAGAUGGGAUGUAUAGGGCCAUAGAUAUAUACCUCAAGGCCCAUCCUGCUUUAAGUGACAUGGAGAGGAAGAAAGUCUGCAGCUUGAUGGAUUGUCAGAAACUAUCUCGGGAGGCCUGUGCUCAUGCUGCUCAGAAUGAUCGGCUUCCAGUUCAAACUGUGGUCCAAGUGCUUUACUAUGAGCAACAACGCCUUCGGGAUGUCAUGAAUGGCAAUCUCAUGGGUGGAGAUUCCCCUGAUCUUCCUCCCAAAGUAAAUAUAUUCUCCACCGAUAUUCGUCCUGUUUCUGAUGAGCUCUCCAGCUUACGCAGAGAGAACGAAGAUCUGAAAAUAGAGCUAGUAAAAAUGAAAAUGAAAAUGAAGGAGAUUGAAAGAGCUACUGUCGUAUCAACUACAAGCAGUCCAUCUGCUGAUAAACCUCCUCUGCCUCGAAAAUCAUUUAUUAACUCUGUGUCAAAAAAGCUUGGAAGGAUUAAUCCUUUCGUGCGAGCUGAUGGAUUCCCACUCUCCAAUACCAAGGCUCGAACUAGACCAAGCAAAGAUCGCCGGCAUUCAAUAUCUUGAGUCUUAAAGACAUGCGCUUAUUUUUUUAGAACUACCAGUACUCUGUGAAGAGUACAGUGUAGGAUUUUUUGGCUUUGUUUGUGAGGCAGGGGUGAGAAGGCUACUAGUUGCUGUCUCUUUGUAUCUUAAGAUCUCCUUCUUUGGUUUGAUAUUUUUGUAAAUAUUAUCUACAUUGUGUUUUCAAUAAAAUAUUGAUUCAGAGGCUAAAAACAAA